CUCCGCCGAACUCCCUUCCCCUCUUCUCUCACCCCUAACCCUAAAGCCCCGCGAGUCAAGGUCACGCAAGUGGGCGCGCGGGAACUCACGCUGCCGCCAUGUCCGAGGCUUAUUUCCGGGUGGAGUCGGGGGCGCUGGGGCCUGAGGAGAACUUUCUUUCCUUGGACGACAUCCUCAUGUCGCACGAGAAGCUCCCGGUGCGCACAGAGAUUCCGAUACCCCGCCUGGGCGCCUUCUUCCAGGAGCGGAGCGGAGGCGCUGAGACCGACCACGCCAUCCCGCAGGGCUCAAAACUUGAACUUCCCUUGUGGCUAGCAAAAGGACUUUUUGACAACAAGCGGCGAAUGCUUUCUGUGGAGCUUCCCAAGAUCUACCAAGAAGGCUGGAGAACUGUUUUCAGUGCAGAUGCCAAUGUGGUGGACCUCCACAAAAUGGGGCCACAUUUCUAUGGGUUUGGCUCUCAGCUUCUACAUUUUGACAGUCCAGAGAAUACGGACAUUUCCCAAUCUCUCUUGCAGACAUUUAUUGGACGUUUUCGCCGCAUCAUGGACUCUUCCCAGAAUGCUUACAAUGAAGACACAUCAGCACUGGUAGCCAGGCUAGAUGAGAUGGAGAGGGGCUUAUUUCAAACAGGGCAGAAAGGACUGAAUGAUUUUCAGUGCUGGGAGAGGGGACAAGCUUCUCAGAUCACAGCUUCCAGCCUUGUUCAGAACUACAAGAAGAGAAAAUUCACUGAUAUGGAAAACUGAAGACCAGAACUCAUCUCCCUAUGUGUCCUUGACAGGAACCAGGCUAGAAGCAAUGGUGGUUCAGUGGUAGAAUUCUCGCAUGCCACAGGAACCAGGCUGGACUUACAAUGACCCAGCAGAGUCAUGUCCCAUCUCGUGGCUUCUUCUUCUAGCGUUUGCCCUUCUUCCGUAGCCAGUCAACAGCGUCAGGUUGAGCCUGAUGUAAAGUUUCGAGACCUCCUUUGAAUCUGGAGAGGUGGCAGUCGUUGACUGUGUGGGUCAUAGUCUGUCUGGAGCCGCAGGGGCAGUUCGGGUUUCCUAUUAGUCUUGAGAGUGGUACCUUCUCAUUGGGAGAAACCUAACAUGCAAGUAAGCAAGUAAUGCUGGGGUGUUUUUUUGUUUGUUUGUUUGUUUUCCUCCAGUUAAUUUUGCAACAGUAUUAUACAGAGGGUUCCUGGCCAUUUACUGAGAAUCUGUUUGAGUUAGCACAGAUCUCCUCCCUGAAGAUCAAGGAAGAACCUCAGACUGAGGAGGAAGUAACAAUUCCUGAGACCUUUGAAAAGCAGUUUUCUCUAUAUCAUUGCUCCCUUCCAGUUUUCCACAAUUAGUAAAAAUUCUCAUUGCCCAAUUAUAGAGAGAGUUGGCUAUCCAGAUUGUGCAGAUGUCUUGAUGCAGACUUUGUCAGAAGUGCUUGGAAAGUGCUUGUUUUAAGAUGGAAUUGAUGUUUUUUAUAAUUCGAUUUUGGUGCUAAAUAAAUGAUGUGUUUUGCACACGAAUACAUUCUGUACGUGUCCCUUUCCUGUGAUGCUGGUACUACAGAUGAUCAGGCAAAGCUACAGGGAAUUUUUGUCUUUGAUAUUAUUUCACAGUAAUGCCUAAAUAAACCCAUGUUUUAACAA